AUGGACCUGGAUGCGCUUGCCGGCGUUGUCAGUUACCGACAUGCCGGUGAUGAUGUCGCUCUCGUUACUGCAGCAGUUGACAGGAUCACGAUUGAGAACCCAUUGAAAGAAAUUUGUGACCUGGAAUUGAGUGGCCAAGUUACUUAUUCUACUGGCCGAUCAAGUAUGGAAGUAUCUCUACAGGUUGCCAAAGCGCCGGCUGAAGGUGAAGUGGUGAGGGCUGAAGAUGUUCUAAUUACUUGCGCCUUUACAAUGGUGGCUUUGGAUCCAAAGACUAAGAAACCAGCCUCUGUUGCGCCGCUCCUGGUUGAAACGGCUGAAGAGCGUCGGCUGUUCGAGAAGGGAGAGCAUAAUUAUAAUGCCAAAAAGGACCUUAGACAGAGAAGCCUGAAGACCCAGACUCCCAAUGACGAAGAGAGUGACCUUAUCCAUGCAAUGUGGACGAAGAGAGCAGGCCGUGAAAUACCUCCUGAGCUAUCUGGCGUAUCUGCUACGAACAUGAAGGACACAAGGCUCUCAGCCGCCCAGAUCAUGCAGCCUUAUGAUCGCAACCGACAUAACUUCAUGAUCUUCGGAGGGUACCUUCUCAAGCAAACGUUCGAACUGGCUUACUGUUGCGCUGCCUCAUUCUCACACAGCAGACCUACUUUCCUAUGCCUUGAGCCCAGUACCUUCGACAACCCGGUCCCAGUUGGCUGCGUUUCGUACCUUAAUGCCGUAGUAUCGUAUACUCAGGACUCGCCUUCGACUUCCUCAGCCGGACAAAAGUUCACCAGAGUUCAAGUUCGGGUUGACACAACCGCCAGGAACAUUGACCAUGGAACUAGCAAUCCCACUGGAACCUUCAACUACACCUUCUUGGUUGAGGGACAACACGAAGUUUGGCCACAGACCUAUGAUGAAUUCAUGAUCUGGGUGGAAGCGCGAAGGAAUGUCGAGAAUAUGAAUGCUAGUUUGCCCUCGCCGGACAAUGUUGCCAUCACCUAUAAAGAGGGCGCGACAGAGUGA